AGAGAGAGAGGAAAGUGGAAGGUGGCUGGUGGUGGCUGGUGGAUGACAUAUCAAAUACCCGUCUGAACUCUGGUUUCUCUCUCCGAUCCGCCUUGCCCCAGCAUCUUCCGAUUCCACCGUCAAGCUCUUGUGUUCCAAGGAUGCCAAAUUCUAUCGGUAUGAUGGUAUUCUCGGACCGGAUGCGACUCUCGUCUUAAAUUCGUAUAGUUGGAAUUUUCGCCUGUUGUCGUAUUGUCUUUGUGUGCUGUCGUUAUCUGGUUUUCGUUGGGAUCAUUCAAGUCUACUCAAUGGGCUCCCGAUUCCCAUCCCAUCAGUUGAGCAAUGGCCUUUAUGUAUCGGGCCGACCUGAACAACCGAAAGAAAGACCUCCUACAAUGAGCUCGGUAGCCAUGCCCUACACAGGUGGUGAUAUUAAGAAAUCUGGAGAGCUUGGUAAAAUGUUCGAUAUUCCUGCUGAUGGCUCCAGGUCUCGAAAAUCUGGACCUAUAAGUAAUGCUCCUUCAAGGACUGGGUCCUUUGCUGCUGGUGGUUCACACUCAGGUCAAUUGAUGCCCAACUCUGUGAACCGGGGUGGUUCUGUUUCAUCUGCUGUUAGUGGUUCUGCAUCAUUAAAGAAGACCAAUUCUGGGCCCCUUAAUAGGCAUGGAGAGCCAAUGAAGAAAUCAUCUGGUCCUCAACAAACAUCUAUGUCCCGCCAAAACUCUGGCCCUCUACCUCCAGUUCUUCCCACCACAGGCCUCAUUACAUCAGGACCCAUUUCUUCAGGCCCACUUAACACAUCAGGGGCUCCUCGUAAAGCAUCUGGGCCAUUGGAUUCUACAGGUUCAGCCAAGUUACACAGUGCAUCUGCAGUCCACAACCUGGCUGUUACAAACCUUAGUCUAGAGGAAGAAUACUCCUUUCACAGGAGCUUCCCUAAACCAAUCCUUUGGGCAACAAUUCUGCUGUUUGUCAUGGGCUUCAUAGCUGGCGGUUUUAUACUAGGUGCUGUUCACAAUCCCAUCCUUCUUGUUGUUGUAGUGGUUCUUUUUGGUGCUGUUGCUGCAGUAUUCACCUGGAAUACUUGCUGGGGAAGAAGAGCCAUUAUUGGCUUCAUUGGGCAUUAUCCAGAUGCUGAGCUUAGGACUGCAAGGGAUGGCCAAUUUGUUAAGGUUUCUGGGGUGGUCACAUGUGGAAAUGUUCCUCUUGAGUCAUCAUUCCAGAAGGUCCCCAGAUGUGUUUAUACAUCCACAAGUUUAUAUGAGUACCGGGGCUGGGAUUCAAAAGCUGCUAAUCCUACACAUCGGCGCUUUACUUGGGGUCUCCGAGCACUUGAGAGGCAUGUCGUCGAUUUCUAUAUUUCUGACUUCCAGUCAGGAUUGAGGGCUUUGGUUAAGACUGGGUAUGGUGCUAAGGUGACUCCAUAUGUUGAUGAAUCUGUUGUUGUCGACAUCAAUCAGUCAAACAGGGAUAUGUCUCCAGAAUUUAUCAGGUGGUUGGGAGAGAGAAAUCUCUCAAGUGAUGAUCGAAUAAUGCGAUUGAAGGAAGGGUACAUCAAAGAAGGUAGCACUGUGAGUGUAAUGGGAGUUGUCCAGCGGAAUGAUAAUGUGCUGAUGAUCGUUCCUCCUCCAGAGCCAAUCCCAACAGGAUGCCAGUGGACGAAAUUUAUUCUGCCAGCCAGCCUGGAGGGCAUCGUGUUGAGAUGCGAGGACACUUCAAAGCUUGACGUAAUCCCAGUGUAGCAAUAUAGCAUUUUGAAUUGCCAGUUCAUGCGGGUAUUGCUGCGUUGAAAAUAAAUUUGUUUGAUAGUUUUUAAUAUGGCAGUGCUUAUGGUGUCUAUUCGUUUUCAACCAGUUGUAUAGUUUCUUGAGACCUUUCUUUGUUUGGUAAAUCUUUUUAUUGGCUCCGGAGCUUUUGUAAUGGAAUGGGAUGACUUUUGAGGGUUUGAGGAAUUGGUCGUUUAUGUCUAGAAAUGUUUUGGAUUAAUUGCAGUAACCUGGGUUUGUCUCACAUUUGU